CCCUUUGAGUGUAUUAUAAUUUUGUGAUAAAAAUUUCAAGGAAAAAACACACACAACCUCCUUCCUCCCCUUCCUUCGGGGAGGGAAGAGAGCGAGCGUGGAGAGAAAAAUCUAUCUGAGACAGAACAAGGACAGUGAGAAAAAUAUAUGAGUGGGAGAGGGAGAAGAAGGAGGAGGAGGAGGAGGAGGGGGAGCAAAUUAAAAGUUGCCAAAUGGAGAUAUUGGGUUUCAAGAGGAGUGAGACAGGAGUAUGGGUUUGCCUCUUUUUCAGUCGUCUUUAUGCUAUGCAAAUGGGAAUAAAUAGUUAUGGUUCCACUCCGUUUAGUUCGCAAAGUCCGUCGGUGAAUUCAACCCGUUUUGAAAUACGUGGGCAAACGACACCGUUGCUAGCUCACCCAGAAGGCCAGUGUUCACGGAGAAAAGCGCUAGCUUAAAUCCGUUAGCCAGCUAAGCUUCUUUUCCUAAGCGUCCGGUUCUUUUCGUAAACGACAACGUCGGAAUUCAGCUGUUCCGUGACUCUAGAGAAAUGUGACGUUUACCGUCCUGCCAGAUGAGCUAAACAGAAGACAAAUGGUAGCUUCUGAAACCCCACGUCCACCUCUCUUGAAAAACAGACCGCGUCAGCGACAAUCUAUACCAGGCUCAGGCAGCUAGCCACGCACUGUACUCGCAUGAGAUUCUCAUUGUCUGUCGAUUUGGUCUAUUUUUGGAUGUAAACUCGCAACCUGCAUUAUCCAGAGGAGAAAAGCAUCAUAUUUGUUGCCCGUCGUCCUCUUGACCAAGUACCGAGCGCGAGAUCAUUAUGGAAGCGUUUGUAUUGUCGAAAUAAACGCAAUCCUCUUCUCACGGACCGCAUUUUAAAUUAGUUUUAGAGGGUUGCUACGUCUACUACUUUUCCGCCCCCUCUGAUCAUCAGCUUAAGAGGGGAAGGAAAGGAAAACUUGUAUCCACCUCCCUUUAUAUUUGUCUAACAACGAACCAUCUUUACAGAUAACGAUAGCGAGUCAAAUAAAUGUUAAAUGGCUGGCUAAAAAACUAGCAAGUCAGUCAUGGAUGUUCUUACUCCACCGGCCCACUUUGUGUUUUGCCUACCUUUGAACCUUUUGAGGAAGACUAUUCUAUUUUUUUCCUGAUAUGUUGAAAUACACUAACUUCUUCGGCAUAACUGAAAUGUGCACAAACGACGUGCUCACGUAUUUCAAUAGUCUUAUUUCGAAAGACCAUCACGAGAACAUGCGGCUAGCCAUAUCAAAAAUGUCCACCUCCCUUGUUUUGCUUUACAAAAUAAAAAAAAAUGCUGUAUUCGAUCAAGCAGUCGGAAUAUAUCGCAACUAAAGCAGUUAAAACACACAUAAAACAAUGUGUUGGAUUAAGGACAUUAAUCCACCGAACACCACUUUAAAUUAACGAAAAAGGUUAAUUAAAUAUUCUACUGACUAGCCUCUAAUAUGCCUCUCAGAUAUGUCAAAUAAACGCGUCUUUUUUGUGCAAACGAUUUGAAAGAACGCGUUUCAGACAACGUAAAUACUUGCCCUUAAAUGUCAUUAAAAUACUAGCUUUCUAACAUUACGCAUUGGCUUUCAAAUCCAAAAGCACAUUGGGCUCAGUACAUUAUAAUGUGAUCGAAAUACAUAAAAUAAGUGUCAUAUUUUAUUCGGAACCUCGUCUGUGCAGUUUCCAACCAGCCUAUAGCUCGAACCCCUAUUUCUUUGUCACUGUCGUUGCGCCAUUGAUGGUGGCGCAGUGGCAAAACAACAGCCGCCAUUUUGACACUGCAUACAGACACUCCAUUGCAGAGAAAGAGUCAACAAGAUGUGUCUGAAGUUUCCAUUAUUUCCACCUAAUAUCUGCUGUAAUCGACUAGGCUUACAGAACGAUUUCCUUGACUAAGCAACCCUUCCUAUAUGCAUUGUAAAUGCCCCAUAAUAAGUGUUAUAGUGUAAUAUUAUUUAGUUAAGUGUGUAGGCACAACCAGCCUCCCAUCACUCACACCCUGCUCAGUUGUGUCACACUCACACAGCCUGCCAGUAUGUUUCCGAAACAGUUGUGUCCCACACUUACAGUAUACAGACAGCCAUAACCCCCCCCCCCUCACAUUGUCACAAGCAGCAGCUAUUCUUUUCUCCAAGAUGGUAUCGUUUCCCAUUGAGUGAUGUGUCAAGAUCCCACACCUGUCAUAUUUCAUUAUUCUGUCACCUCUAUUAUGCUCUCCAAAAUACCAUCUUCCAUGUUGAGUUAUAGGCUUGACAUCAGGAAGCAAGGGCAUGUGGCUUUCUGUCAGAAGCCAAAACCACUAAGAAUUUUCACCGGAACCAAUGCUGAUGAACAAAUUAAUGGAAUUGGCUUGAGCAUGUUUGAUGGGCCAUGACGACAACUGUGACAUAGAUAUUUGCACCAAACACACUAACACACCCAGGCUAUAUGAAGUCUGUUAGUCUUUUGUCACUGUAGUCUAUGUGAAGGGGAUGGGGGAGCAAUGCAUGGAAUAAUACAUGUAGGCCUAUUCAUACCUGAGAACAACUUCACAUCCUCAAAAUAAUGUGUGUCAUGGAUGAUGAAGAUGAUCGGCGUCUCUUGGAUAUCAUAGGAGACGUGCAGGCUUUGAACGACUAUCUUCACGGCCCCAACUCAAAGUCGAUUGAGGAGGAGGACGUGACUAAUGCAGCGUAUGGCAACAGUGGCUCUUUCUUCACCAGCGGCACGGGUGGAUCCGGUGCCGGCAUCAAGGACACCAUCACCACCACCACCAACCACCUGGGAGCCGGGGGCUUCAGCGAUGGCGGCGAGUCGGGGGGGCUGCAGCUCUCCAACAGCCUGGCGUUCAUCGAGGACGAGCUGGGGGGCGGCGCCCCGGGGGCCGGCGGGGACGCAGAUGCCUCGCCCGGAGACGUGGACCUCGGGGGCGGCGAGGACGCACCCUUCGACAUCCUCCAGAAAUCGCUGCUGGAGGCGGACAUCACGGAGCACACGCUGGCCCAGGAGGCCCUGUUGGAGUCCCAACCCCCCCCUGCUGCUGCCUCUGGAGUCCCAGCCACCGCCGCCACGACCGCCUUCGCCCCUCAGCUGGUCUCGGGGGGCUUCGGUGGGACCGGUGGAGGUGUGGCGGCGGCAGGGUCAGGGUUGGUAGCCGCAGCCCCUCAACCUCAGGCCUUCAUCCAGCAAGUCCCCCAGCUCAACAUGCCAAACGGCCCCGCGGGCCACAUCCAAGUGCUGGGCUCGUUCAACGGCAACGCCGGUCCCAUGAUGGCCAUCAACAGCCUCAUCCGGCCCACGGGGGGCGCUGUGACGAACGCUAACAGCCCGGGCCAACAGCAGGUGUUUGCGCCCAUGCCCGCCGGCCAGGUGUCCGGCAUGCCGUUUAAAGGCUGCGGGACGCACAUCCCCGUCCAGAACAUUAUCAUCCAGAGAGGCGGGCUAACGGCGGCGGGGCAGCCCCAGGCGCUGAUCAGGCCCAUCCAGCCCAAGCCCCUUCAGCCCGGCGGGGGGCAGACUGUGUACAACAUCGGCAACCUGGGCCUCCAGGCCAACGUCAACGCCACCGCGGGUGCCAACGCUGCCUACGCCGCCACCGGGUCACCGCAGGCGGCACAGCAGGUGAAGGUGGUCGGCCAGCCGGGCAGCAUCGUGGUCCACUCAAGCCUCGGACAGCAAGGUCAACAUCAGCAGCCCCAGCAGCAGACCCAGCAGGCCAAUCAGUUCCUGCUGCCCAACACCCUCUCCCUGGCCCCCGGCUCCUCCGUGCAGGGCUUCCAGGCCGUCAACGGGCAGCUUGUGGACCACCAACAGCAGCAGCAGCAGCAGGCGGGUGUGGUGCCCUCCUCCUCCUCCAUCGCCACCACCUACGCCAUCCUGCCCACCCACAGCGGCGCGGUGCAGCUGAUCGCCGGGGGCCAGAGCUUAUCGGCGGGCGGUGCCACGACCGGCCAGCUGAUUGUCAACCAGGGGGUGAUGGCGACAGGCAUGGCGACCGCGACUCCGACGGGGUCGGCAGCGGUGGGGCAGAUGUCUCCAACCAUGGUGGCGCAAGUUCGACAAGGGGGUGUAGGAGUGGCGCCUAAAGUGUGGACGACGGUCAGUUCGGCACAGUCCAGCCCUUCACCUGUCGGGCAGGUGCAGGUGACCCCUCAGACUCAGACGCGGCUAACGCUGGUGAGCUCCUCGGGCCAGGGGGGCCCCCCCCAGGCCAGGCCACAGGGGGCGGCGCAGCGCCUACUAGUGCCUGUGCAGCAGAAUGCAGCUGGGGGGACUGGUGGCGGAGUUCAGGAGUUGCAUUUUGAAAUGCAGGCUGUGCCUUCGGGUCAGGACUCUGGUCAGAAAAGUCAGCCUCAGUUGGUCAAUCUACUUGGUACCAAAGGUGGGAAGAUAGUGACCUCUAUCAAGCAGGAGACUCCAUGUCUGACCGGCACGCAAGUCAACCCACAGAAGAGGCCAGCCCCUCAGCAGCUCACAAGAGGAGGAAUGGUGCUGCAGCAGCUGAGGGACGACCACGCAGGAGUGUCCUCGUCAGACCCCGUCCCCUUCUCCUCUGUGGACGACGCGCUGCACAGGCUGCUGCCCUUCCACGUGUUCCAGGGGGCCCUGCCCAGCCAAGAGGAGUUCGAUAAAGUGGACGAGGAGUUUGAGGCGGUGGCCUCCCAGGUUCUGAAGAGAACUGAAGCCAUGGUGAACAAAUAUCGCCGCCUGCUGAUGGUGGAGGCAGAGCGUCCAAGUCCUUCGUCAGAAAUGGUAAUGAUCGACAGGACGUUUAAUCAAGAGGAAAGGAGCAACUUGACGCAGGACAGAAGAACAGUCCUCGUAGACCCAGAUGGAUACUUAGAGGAUUUCUGUUGCACACCCAGGCGACCGGCCCCAAGCGCCACCACCCACAUGGACCCAUACAGUCCGGCGGGGUCCCCCACGGCCCUAAGCCCCAGUGGCAGCUACUACGGAAGUCACCGGGGUCGGGGGAGAGGAGGAAAGGGAGGAGGAGAAGGAGGAAGGGGAGGAGGAGGAGGAGUACACAUGGAGGGUUUGAGCCACCACACUGCAGACUCUGGUUACAGGACAGAGUACCAGCCGGGUUUUGAGGACCCGGGUGGGGGGUUGGUGAACCAGGGCCACACGGGGGCCGCAAAGAACAUUCUGGAACUGAAGAAGAACCAGAGGUGUAGCAACAACAAUGUGAUCAGCAUCAGCACCGGUUACCACCAACACCAACACCAACAAUCGCACCCUCCUCACGCACACCAACACCUGCAUCCACACCACCCCCACUACCAGGUCUCCUCUCAAGCCUCAACCCUAGGGCCCGGCCAGCACAGCUCUGCCCAGCUGCAGGUGUCCGACCUGGGCCAGAGCCACGGACAAGUCCCCCCCUCAGAGCACAGUCACCAGCCACUGUUGGAAUCAGACUCUGUCUUGGAGGCUGCCGUGAAUAGUAUAUUAGAAUGUUAGAUGGUGCCAUAUUGUCCCUUUUCAUUCCUUGUUUUGUUUUGUUUAUUUUUUUGUUGUUGUUUUGUGUAUUCACUUAUUUAUCGGAUGUUUUUCCUCCUCAAUUUUUUUUCAUGAAGGUCGACAUUGUUAAGCUAUACGGAGAGAAAGGUGGUCUUGAGCGUCACAUGCACACGCACACAUGCAAAACACAAUUUUUACAUCUUUUAAUUUUUAUUUUCUCCUGGUGACAUUGACCUAAAGAUGCCUUGGGUUGAAAUCUGGUCCCUACAGAAUGCUGUCAACACACACACACACACACACACACACACACACACACACACACACACACACACACACACACACACACACACACACACACACACACACACACACACGCGCACACACACUAGUUUGAAUUGAGUAUCAGAUCUUAGGCCAGUAGAGCGAGCAUUGCUAGCAGACAGAAAGGUACACAGAUUUUUAACACAAUCAAAUGUUUUUGGUUGGAAGUGCUAAAUAUCAUAGCAGAUGGCUUGCAGGUGUCAGUUAAAAAAUGAGGACUCCAGGCUCUUCUAUUACAUGAUUUACCACAAUCUCAAACUUAGCCAGGUUUGGCACUGGCUGGAUCUCAAAUGGCGCACUUGUGCACUUCAGGCACUAUGUUUCAGUGCGUAACUAAUACGGCAUACACACUGAAACAUGGACACUGAAGUGCACAAGUGCACCAUUUGAGAUUCAGCCACUGACACAGACUCUAAUAAUUACACCCCUGGUAACUUUCUUUCUGCUUUCCCAACGGUCUUUUCGGAAUGGGCCUUAGUUUUUUCAUACAUUUUUAAUCCGGUUGGGUCUGGAGUCAGGGCAGCCAUUUUGUAUGGUGGGAGUGUUCACUGUUCACCAUAUGCUUGAGAUACAAAGGUCUUAAAAAUGACAUGUCAGAGUUUUUAAAAAAACUUAAGGGUUUCUUGUGUAUCUGAAACCCUUCAGGUUUUUUUGUACUUGCACAUGCAAUUUUUAAGGGGCUCUUUAUUGAGGUCUUGAGUCAUUUGUCAACUGUUUUGGAUAACAGUUUGGGCCCAAUCUUAUGGAAAGUUCUUCAAUUGAUGACACAAGCUGAGAUAACAAGUGAA